AUACGCCCAGUCAUCGCGCGUUUUCCCCACAAGGGCGUGUCUAGCGGCCACCAUUAUUUUUUUGAGUAAAUAAGGUAAUAUUAAUACACUUCUUGUAGCGUCGAAAAACCGCACCUUCGUUUAAGUACAUGAACUGGGAUGUCUGCAACGGACUGGUACGCGCAUAAAUCCCUCGGACAAGGAAUAUACUGGAUCCAAGAGAAGUUUUUCGAAUCGUCCAACAGAGCUAAUAUUUGGCUUCUCCGGGGAUCUCACCAAGACGUAGUGAUAGACACAGGCUUGGGUUUGAGGAGCUUACCUGAUUACAUUAACGCGAAAGGUCUGCUUGGAGAAGACCCGCAGCGAAAGAACCCCCUCCUGGCCAUCGCCACCCACGCCCACUUCGACCACUCAGGUGGUCUGCAUCAGUUCCAACAGGUCGGUGUACACAGUGCAGAGGUUGAUGCGUUGGCUAGCGGGGACAACUUCGAGACGGUCACCUGGCUGUCCGACAGAGAGAUUGUCCAGGCUCCUUGGCCGGGAUGGAGAGCCAGCCAGUACAGAGUCAAUGCUGUGCAACCAACACAUAUACUACAAGAAGGUGAUGUCAUCAACCUCGGCGACAGGCAGCUGACAGUGCUGCACAUGCCGGGUCACUCCCGGGGCAGCAUCUGUCUGCACGACGGGGACAACAGGAUGCUCUUCAGCGGGGACGUGGUCUACGACGGCGACAUGAUCGACUGGCUGCCGACCAGCCAGGUGAGUGACUACAUCAGCAGCUGUGAGCGCCUGCUGGGCCUGGUGGACAGCGAGCAGGUGGACCAGGUCAUGCCGGGACACUACCACACGUUUGGCGCCAAGCGGCUCCACCGGAUCGCCUCAGGGUACAUCAACAGAGCCGGCACCUGCCCGGCACGGUUCUCCACGUUCGCCUGGAAGACCUUGGCCAGUCUGGCGCUGCGGGCCUCCAACACGCCCAGGGUUUGCUAACCUUUGGGAGAGGGUGGCGUCCCUGCGUUGGUAAUGGCGCAGAGGUAGACUAGACUGGGCGGCUGUGAGGGGCGGACAUUAGCCACCGGUUCAACAAGCGGGAUUUCCUCGUGUCGUCAAUCAGAACCUAAUGGGAUCCAACCUCGGUGUGAUUUGGACGUUUUAAGUUAUUCAUCAAAACGCACCCUCCCCCCCCUUAGUUUUCACUGGGCUGUGAUUGGCAUUAUAUUGGUAUCCCAUUAUAGACUGGAAAAUAAAGCUUAAAUAUAAUAAAGAUUAAUAUAAGUGCUGGUUUUUAAAUCUUAAGUUGUGAGAUGUUUAAAAUGUCCGUCUUAACCCAGGUAUCUUGGAACCCUCCGCAGAGAACAUGCCUGUUUUAGCCCUGCAUUAACACAACUGGUCGGACCAAUCAAUAGCUGAACAAUUUGAAGUAGACAUAUGCAACCUUAGGAACAAACAGAGUAACACUAACUUAGAGGAAAUUAUGUUCCAGCUCACCACCCAAGGCCUGGAUUCUUUUUUUUUUUCCAGCAACGGUACAUCUUCAUUCCUCACUCUUUAUAUUCCACACCAUAUAUCUGACAGUGGUAGAAACCCCCUAUAGCGAAGAGUUCAGGCCAAUCCAACAGUUUCCUACCCAUGUUUAUUAUCAGUCAUGGAGACCUAUGGGCUUGGACUACUUGCAGAGUAUUAAAGUCAUAUCUAGGAAAACAGCUCUUAUUCAAUAUAAAUGGUUUAAAUUAAUAGAAUAUGAAUACGGUCUAAAUCUAUGUAUAUUUUUACACUAUGUUGG